AAUUUCCUGAAGGGAAAAUUAACCCAUAGCCUACAAGUACAAGUACUAUUUUGGGCCUCGAAAAUUUUAAGAACUUCACUGGCUUAUGCUUUGAGCCGCCUUGAGAAGAAUAACAAACAGAUGACCUCAAACUGUUCCAAUCUUUUUUCAGUUUGGGUAUACUUUUAAAUCAAUUUUACCCCUAAUACUCAUUCUUGUGCUUUCCUCUUUCAAGAUUGCUUGAAUUUCAGAUUAGAGCUUACACUUUAACCAUUGGAGAUUUUCUUGUUAGAUGGGUGUUGAGAUUUUGAAGAAAGUUGUCAACUUUACUCAAAGAAAGAAAAAAUGGAAGAUUUUUCCUGGUUUGUUUGUGAUAGUGUUGUCUCUGUAUAAUUGUUCGGGUAGUCAAGUUUUUCUUCUAUGGGUCCAGGUUCAACUCUUGUAGCUGAUGCACUAAUCAAGGUGUUUGCUGCAAAUAAACUGCUUGAUCAUGCUAUUGACGUUGUUAAUCAGGUUAAGAAAAUGGGGCUUGAACCAAGUAUUUAUUCAUGUAAUUACUUAUUAAAAUGCUUGGCAGAAGCAAGUCGGGGGGAGAAUCUUGUAACAUUAUUUGAAGCAAUGAAGACCUUUGGACCUUCGCCUAAUGUGAGGACAUACACAAUCAUGAUGAACUUCUACUGCACAAAUCAUUCAGGGCAGCAACCGAAGGUAGAUAUAAAAGAAGCCUAUAAGAUUCUGAAAGAAAUGUGGGAAAUUCAUAUCAGUCCUUCUGCUGCAACGUAUAGUGUAUGGGUCCGCGGACUCUGUAGAGUUGGAUGCCCUGAUGUUGCUUUGAAAUUCAUUCGGAUGCUGAGGUAUGAGAACCAACCUCUGAAUUCUUACUGCUACAAUGCUAUUAUUCAUGGAUUUUGUGCUGAAGGCGAAGUAAAGAAAGCUAUUAGUGUUUUUGAAGAGAUGAGUAAUUCUGGAAUAACACCAGAUAUAUGUAGCUAUAGCAUUCUUGUCGAUGGAUUCUGCAAAUUCGAGAGUAUUGAUGGAGGUUUAUGUCUUAUUCAGGGUAUGCAAGAAAACAACAUCAAGCCUACCCCAAUUAGCUAUAGCUCAAUUCUUAAGGGUUUGUGCGAAAUCGGAGCAGCGAAAAUUGCAAACGAUUGUUUUCAUGACCUUACGAAUUCUGGGUGCAAAGUUGACCAAACAGCUUACGACAUCUUAAUUACUGGAUUUUGUGCUCAAGGAGAUCUGAGUUCAGCGCACGAGCUACUGGAGGAGAUGAUAAACAAUCACUUGGCUCCUGAUGCUUCAAUUUAUGAGAGAUUAAUUCGUGCUUCCUGCCAUGCGGGGUCCGCUGAUACAGCGAUGAAGUACAGAAAUAUGAUGGUACAAGGAGGUUACCUGCCUGAUACCGUUACCUGCAAUUUUAUUGUUAAGCAGUACUGUACUGAUGGGCAUGUGAUGGGAGCUUUGAACCUGAUUGAUGAAAUGAUGGAUCAAGGCAUCGUCCCCAACUUGUAUACCUAUAACGUAGUCAUUAACCAGUUGUGCAAAGAUGAAAACACCGAAGAGAGAGAAGGGCGUGUGUUGGAAGCUUUGCAUCUGAUUGAUGAAAUGGUGGACCAAGGCAUCGUCCCGGACUUGUAUACCUAUAAUGUAGUCGUUCACAAGUUGUGCAAAGAUAUAAAUGCACAGAAGGCGUUGGAGGUAAUCACGGUGAUGCUUAAGAGGGACAUGUUUCCCAAUGUUAUAAUUCUUAAUACUCUUAUUGAUGGAUUUAUUAAACAGUCCUAUUUUAAGAAGGCUAACAUGUUUUAUAGGGGAAUGCUAAAACUUGAGAUUACUCCUAACGUCACCACGUACACAAUUCUUAUUGGCAUGUUAUGCGAGCGGAAGAAAGUGAAAGAUGUCUACAGACGGAGAAAAGUGAAAAAAGCGUAUACACUAUUUAGGAAAAUGAUCAGGGAGGGUAUAAAUCCUGAUAAGAUCUGUUACACCUCCAUGAUUGCUGGUCUUUGUGGAAUUGAAGAUGUGAACAAGGCUUGUGCUUUGUUCCGUGAAAUGCAAAAAGGAGAACUCUUGCCUACUGUUGUUACUUAUACUUGCCUCAUUGAUAUAUUUUGCAAGUUAGAUCAGAUGGACGAGGCCAAGAAAUUGUUAAAAAUGAUGGUAAGACAGAACAUCUCUCCUGAUGUCAAGACUUAUAGUUGCUUCAUUGAUAAAUUUUGCAAGUUACAUCGGAUGGAUGAGGCCGAGAUGUUGUUUGAUAGAAUGAGAAAAGAGAACAUCUCUCCUGAUGUUGUCACUUAUAAAAUAAUGAUCAAGGGAUAUGAAAUAGUUGGAAAUUCUGAUCUAGCUUAUGAGAUGACUGAUGAGAUGCGGCAAGUUUUUAACAUUCCUGACAAUAGUAUUUGACAUUAUUUUUCCUUAUGCCGAGGGUCUACCGGAAACAGCCUCUCUACCACCCAAGUUGGGGGUAAGGUCUACGUACACUCUACCCUCCCCAGACCCUACUUUGUGGAAUUUCACUGGGUAUAUUGUUGUUGUGUUGUUAAAGUUAAAUAUGGUCAAUGAAAAUUCAUAUAGUUGAUCCCAACUUGUUCGGGACUGAUGCGUAGUGGACUAGUGGUAUUGUUUAAGUUAAACGGAAAUUUUGCUUUCUUGACAAGCUUGUACAGGUAAUUAAUUUUGUAUAUUUGUUUUGUCGUUUAUAUAGAAUGUUUUCUUGAGUGAUCUGAAUUAGAGAACGUAUCUCUGUUACUCUUUUGUCAGUUCAAACCCCAUAGUGAACUUUCAGUCAGCUUCAAGAGCCGUGAGCACCUUGGAUAAAUAUGAGAUGACGUCCUUAUUUAAAUUUUUCUGUUGUUCCAUAGAUUGCACAAGUUUGUAACUGUUAUAUAUGCAUAUAGAUUAUGAUUUCCGGUAUUCUUGUAUCUUUAUGGCAAAACACCAAAUAAUAUCGUCCAGAUAGUUUGUUUCUCUGUCUUCUUCAAACUGACUGCACUUGUUGAUAUUACAAUUUUACAGUUGAAAGUUGAAACAUGAAUUACCCGUAUAUCCUGGAUAAUAGUGAUCAACAUGGAGAAAUUUCUUUCAUUUUGUCUUCACAGAGUUCAAAUCAUAGGCUUGUUCCUCUUUCACAACACUGAAUAUUUUAUUCCUUGGUUUAACAAAUUUAGUUAUUAGUUACAACUUACAAGAUGUGAUAGAGGAACAAGACUUUGAUGAUUUGAACUCUGUGAAGACAAGAUGCAAGAAAUUUCUCCAUUUGAUCACUAUCAUCCAUGAUAUACUGGUAAUUCAGCGUCGUGACAAUAUUUUCUUCAAAAUUAUAAAAACGUUUAGAAUAAUUUCUUGCUAGUAUUAUGGACGAUUAGUCUCUUAGUCCUUAUGUUCAUUUAACUUAUUCCUCUAUUUGCAUUCUUUCACACUAUCUACAUAUACGUCUCCGUCCAUUCAGAGAUGUCCAGGCCAUAGAGGAUCAGGCUCCGCAAAAACGAGAUUAGGGACCAUACUCCCUGCUUUCUUCCUGUGAUUACUAUUAGAGCACAAGUCGAGAAAGCCAAAACCACAACGCAAGCAUCCUUUAUUUAUUAGUUUUGGAGUUUUCGACAAAUAUACUUGCCAAAGUAACAUGCAGCAGAUAAAUUUCUUAUAGUUACCACUGACUUAAUUUCCUUACUCCUAUCUAUUUAAUAUAAUCGAAAAGAUUAUAAUAAUAUAUACAUCCUCCAUCUACUUUUAUUUAUUUACUAUACUAAAAAUAAAUAUCCAUUUUUACUUAUUCAGCUUAAAAAAUAAAGACAUAAUUUAUCACUUAGUUAUUUAAUUACCCUUAGUAUUCCCUCCGUCUAGUUUACUUGUCAACGUGGUAUAUGAAUGGACGAAAAUUUCCAGGAAAAUUAACCCAUAGCCUACUACUUGUACUAUUUUGGGCCCCGAAAAAGUUUAAGGAUUCAACUGUCUUACGCUUAAAAAAGAAAUUAAUUU